AUCAGAAUGAGUACCACAGAGGACCUUCCAGAUGUCGACGAGGAAUUGUAUUCCCGCCAACUCUAUCUGCUGGGGGAUGAGGCCAUGCAGAAGAUAGCUACAGCAACGGUGCUGGUUUCUGGAAUGACGGGGCUGGGGGUCGAGAUUGCCAAGAAUGUGAUUCUUGCCGGUGUGAAAUAUGUCACUCUCCAUGACGAAAAUGAUGCCCAGUGGAGUGACCUGUCCUCACAGUUCUACCUGUCAGAGAAUCAUGUGGGGCAAAAUCGAGCUAAAGUUUCCCAGGAACAACUCUCCACGUUAAAUAGCAAGGCUGAGGUGAAAUUUAACACCAGUAAACUGACAGAGAACUUCUUGGCUACUUUCAAGGUUGUGGUCCUGACCAACUCAUCCUUGGAGGAACAGCUGGAUAUCAGUGAUUUCUGCCAUGCCAACCAAAUUUGCUUUGUCCUAGCUAACACAAAGGGCCUGGCUGGACAGGUUUUCUGUGACUUUGGAGAAAACUUUGUGGUGUAUGAUCCUUCAGAAGCUGAGCCUACAUCUGCUGCCAUUAAACACAUCACCUUGGGUAAUCCUGGUCUCUUGACUGUGGUCCAUGAUGAUGACCAGGGACAUGGCUUCAUGGAUGGUGACUGGGUGAUGUUCUCUGAGAUUGAGGGGAUGACACAACUGAAUGGUUCUAAGUCUAAGAUUUGUGUGAAAGGAAACACCCUGGAAAUUGAAGACACGUCUUCCUUUUCUCCCUACCAGCGUGGUGGGAUCAUCAGUCAGGUCAAGAUGCCUCAAAAACAUUCCUAUGAAUCUCUGCGAGCCUGCAUGGAUAAUCCCAAGAUCAACACCCAAGAUAGAAAUAAAUUGUUUCGUUAUCGCACUCUUCAUGCAGCCUUCCAGGCACUUCACACAUUCCAGAAAAAAAUUGGUCGACUUCCUAGGCCUCAGAAUCGGGCAGAUGCAGAUAUGUUAAUAGAGCUGGUGAGGACCCCAGCUAUGGAUGCUAUGGAUGAGGAACAAGAGAAUCUGAUACAGACGUUUGCAUAUGGAUGUAUGGGGGAUCUGAGCCCUAUGAAUAGCCUUAUUGGAGGCCUUGCUGCCCAAGAAGUCCUAAAGGCUGUCUCGGGGAAGUUCACCCCUUUGGAGCAGUGGCUGUACUUUGAUGCCUAUGAAUGCCUGCCUGAAGGGGAGCAGCUGACAGAGACAAACUGUGCCCCAUGUGCUAGUCGCUACGAUGGGCAGAUUGCUGUCUUUGGGGCUGACUUCCAAAAACGACUUGGGAAGCAGAAGUAUUUCCUGGUAGGAGCAGGUGCGAUUGGCUGUGAACUCUUGAAGAAUUUUGCAAUGAUUGGCUUGGCUGCUGGCGAGGGUGGGAAGAUCACUGUGACAGACAUGGACAUCAUUGAAAAGUCCAACCUGCACAGGCAGUUCCUAUUUCGACUACAAGAUGUAUUUAAGCAGAAGUCAGAAGUGGCUGCAAAUGCCAUAAGACUUAUGAAUCCCAAUAUCAAUAUAAUAGCUCAGCAGAAUCAGGUUGGCCCUGACACAGAACACUUCUAUGGGGAUGACUUCUUCCUGGAUUUGGAUGGUGUAGCCAGUGCCCUGGACAGCUUUCAAGCCAGUGAGUCCUUCAAUCAUAAUGGGAAUGAGUCUCUAUGG